AUGGCGCCUGGGAUGUCUCCCGUCUCUGUGUGCGGGCUGCUCUUCUGUCUGCCGUUCGCCCUGGGCACCACGGAGUGGGAUUGGGCUGGCACUUUCGACCUGCCCGCCGGGCACUACACGUGGUCCUGCACAAAGGCGGCGUCGGGCAGAUACGCAGAAGCCACUUCGAAAAUCCUCAUCUAUUCACUGACCGACUCGUCGGCGGAAUCGCUCGCGGCGGCCCAGUCGGAUGCCGAGACGGAGUGGAUCUCCUCGACCAGUGUUGAGUCCUACGGCGAGUUGGAGGCGGGUAGCACAUACACGCUGCAGUUUGAUGAGGACACCUGGACCACUCACUUCAAGAUCCACAUCGUCACGGCUGGAGCUUAUGCCGUCAUGUUUGAGCAUUCUCCCUACGCGUUCGAAAACGGGUUCCACUAUCUUCGCUCGAAGGCCGGUGAGGAUAUUGAACCCGUGCACGAGGAGAAGUACUACAGCACGGGCCUUCCGGAAGAUGAGGAGCGCUGUCCGUGGACAAUGGAAUGGGAGUGGUCGGGCAUCUUCCCUGUGGAGGAGGGCUGGUACGACUGGAACGCAGAGAAGGUCGACGGGGCGUACCCCGACGCCCGGAUGAAGAUUGUCAUCAUUGCGACGAACCAGACGGACAUCCGCGACCUGGAGGCGGACGCCCAAACCUAUUGGGAUGCGAUCACUGUUUCCGAUGAGGUUGUGGUUGGGGAGACAAUCCCGCUCGGUAGCGGCACCACGUUGCAUUUUGAUGUGGACACGUGGGCGUCGCACUUCAAAAUUCAGGUGCCCGUGGGCACCUCCUACGUGGCUGUCUUCGCCGAGCAUUUCCCGAUAGAGUUCGAGGAUUCGUACCACUUCCUAAAGGACGCUUCCGCGGUUGACAUCGAGCCCGUGGCCGAGGAGUCUGUUUCGGGGUGCGCGGACAAGGGCACUGCGUCGACGGGCUCGUCGGACUUGGGCGAGGUGAUCCUCGCCUCGAUCAUCACUGUGCUCCCUACGAUGGCCGGCAUCGUGCUCAUCGCCAUGAUGUGCAUGGAGAGAGCGAAGACCAUGCUGAACGAGGAGGGCACCUUCCAGUCUUCCAUGCACUCGUUCGCAUCCGGCGUGAUCUUCGCGGCCGCAGUCUUCCUUCUCCUGCCGGAGGGCCUCUACCUCCUCGCGGUUGGCAAGACGGAGGCUGGCGGAGCUGCGGCGUGGGGCACCUCCUUGAUGGGAGGGUGGACCACCUGCAUCCUGAUCAAGCACGUCUGCCAGCUCGUAGCGGGAGAAAAAUCGGCUACAGGCGAGGAGAAGCCAGAGCAGGAGGGGACUCCUCGCAUCAGCUGGGCCGUCUCCUUUCCCAUCCUGUUCGGGGACGCGUUCCACAACUUCGCUGACGGCCUCGUCCUCGGCGUCGCCUUCAAGACCUGCGGCUCGUCUUUCGGGUGGAAGCUGACGUGGAUCACGGUCCUGCACGAGCUGCCGCAGGAGAUCUCCGAUUUCGCCGUGCUGAUCACGAAGGGGAGGAUGUGGUGGCCCAUGGCCGCCGCCCUCAACUUCGCUUCUGGGCUGACCACCGUCGUCGGGGCCAUCAUCACCAACUCCACGGCCAUCAGCCAGGGGGUGGAGGGCGCGAUCCUCGCCGCGGGCGCGGGCGUCUACCUGUACGUGGCCGUGACGGAGCUCGGCCCCGAGGUGGGCGACCUGCGGCAAGACCGCGCCCUCGGCUCCGUCGCGCGGGUCCUCAGCUUCGCGGCCGGCGCCGCGCUGAUCGGCCUCGUGCUCCUGGACCACGAGCACUGCUACGCUCCCGUCGCGGAGGGCGCCGAGGCGGGGGCGUCCAGCGGCCACGCCCACGGCCACUAG